GUUUAUCUGAAUCGCUGGCUUUAGACAUGGAAGUUUUGACUAAAAAAUAUCACCAAAUUCGCCAAUUGAGUGACUGGUUGAUGGAAAAGGAUGAGAAGGGAUUUAUGCAAUCGGAGCCAGAUAUUUCAAGUCAGAGUUUAUUGAAGGAUGUCUGUGUUUGUUGGGGAGAUGGAACACCAAGCUUCAAAUGGCGGACUACUGCACACACAAAACCUUUGGAAGAAAUAGUCAUGGAAAUAGUAAAUGUGAGUUGCUGACUAUUUCAGAAUAUAAGUUUGGCAUUCCAACUAAUCAGAUUUCGUAUAGAUGUGUUUGUCGUUUGAUGCAGAGGAAGAAGACAUUUAGAGAGAGUAACAUUCUGACACUUGGAUAUGAUUUGAUGUCGUCUGCCCAUGGAGCCACUCUGAGUACCGGAAAUGUAGAGAGUCGCUACUGUAAUUCAAUGGUCACAAGACUCCUCACACAACCCUGGCGAGAUUUUCAUAAAAAGAUGGGUGACUCUGUUGUAACAUACCUGGUGGAAUUCACAUCCCUAUAUCUGGCCCUACCAAAAGGUUGCUAUGUUCAACUGACUGGAGCUCCACUGUAUAACACCUUCAAUUAUGAUAAGCAACUAGGAACCACAGAAAAUCAAGCAAAGCGAAAACUCGCGGCAUUCAAAACAUUUUGCGAUGGUCCUGAGCAAAAAAUAGGGAGAUUGGCUAAUGAUAAUAAUGUCCAAACACUGGCAGUACAAACACAUUGUGAUGAACCUAAGCAAAAGAGACGCAAACUUGCAUAUGAUACCAAAGUUGGUCCUACGGGAAAUGGAAGCAGUUCUGCUAAGGAUAAUAAGGCCAAUAUAACUGAAUAUAUGGCUUACAAUGGAGGCUUGACAAGCGAGGAGUGUCAAACAGAAAGAAAUGAUGGGUUGCAUCGCAGUACUGAAGCGUUCAAAGUGACAUCCAAUGUUGAAUCUAGACAUCGUCCCAGUAUUGAAGCAUUUACAAUGCCAUCAAGUGUUAAAACUAGACAGUAUAGCAGUACUGAUGCUUUGAAAGUGCCAUUGAUAGUUGAAACUAGGCAGUAUCCAAGCAUUGAAUUGUUGAAACUGCCAUCAAAUGUUGAGCCUAGACUGCCUCCCUGUAUUGAAUCGUUAGAAGUGGCAUCACAUGCUGAAAUUCCACCUAAAACCAUGACGAAAGAGAAGGUCAAAGCAAAUUCAAUACCUUGUAUCAGAACACACUUACGCAGACCGACUGUAAUUCUUGAAAAGAAGAGUACUCUUUAUGCACGGAAUGCACGAGAACGAAUACUUGGGUCGGCAAGUGUAUCUACAGCCAUGAAAAGCGGACAAGCAGAUGGCAUGGUCACGGAAAUGCUUGGAGUGACUGAGGUAGACGCAUCUACAAGACAACUCAUUCAGGCAUACUUUACGGAUAUUGCCCAAAACUUAAAGAAGUGUCCUUUAAAAGCUCUGCUGAACAAGCAUUGUCCUGUUGGAAAGGUUAAUUCGUCAACAACGAACAGAAAGGUGCUAGGUAGAAAACACGGGUCGAGCAUGAAGAAUUCAGCAACCCAAGUCCAACUGUUGAAUUCCAACCAUCAACAUAGGAAUGUGUUCCUGUUUAUUCGGGCUUGCAUUGUGAGGGUAGUCCCUGAUGAACUACUUGGCGGAAGUCACAACAGGAACCUGUUACUGAAGGAUAUUGCAUGGCUCAUAUCAAGUGGAAAACCUGACAAGGUUUCACUGGAGAGACUUACGGCUGGAAUGAAGACAAAAACCAUAGUCUGGAUGAGGAACGUACCUUGCAACUUGUGUAAGCUAAGCUUGCUAGGCAGACUCGUUAAUUGGAUCAUGUCGAAGUUCGUCUUUGUUCUUCUACGCACUUUUUUCUACAUCACGGAAACGACGUUUAUGAAGCAUAGAACAAUGUACUUCAGACAAAGCACAUGGACUAGACUCCAUAUCCUUGGAGUAGCAGACUUGUUGCAAAGGAGGGUUGUAAAACCAGCGUCUGAGCGUCUUGUAAAGCAACUCCUGGACACUAGAUUAGCAAUAGGUGUUUCAUCACUACGAUUUGUUCCGAAACCCAGAUCACUACGACCAAUCGUCAACAUGGGAAUAAAGACAGCAAUGUCUCCUUUACAGGUUCCAAUUUCAAUCAACCAGCAAUUAAAAGACACACACUGUGUUUUAAGCUAUUUGAAAAACAGAAAUCCUGGCAUUAUCGGCCAUGGAAAGUUUGGAAACGACGACAUUUACACGGCUUGGAAACAAUUUGCGCUUAAAUGGUCCAAGUCCGGAAAGCCUGAGCUAUACUUUGUCAAGACGGACAUUGCUAAAUGCUAUGACUCUAUGGUGCAGACAAAGGUUUACGAGAUAUUGGAAAAGUUACUAAACCAGCAUGCAACUGAAGACAUCAUUGUGCGAAAAUACUUCUCCUAUAGAAUAAAAGAGGGAAAAACUUCAAGACAGUUUCACAGAGACGCGGCUAGGGCUUCCGAAUUCGUUAAAGAGUUUCCUCAAUUCUUGGAAGAAAAAUCAGAAACAUCAAAAAGCAGAAAUGUUGUGUAUUCGGAUAAAGUCAUUUAUCACCAUCAAACAGCCGACUCAUUGCUAAAGACACUCCGUGGCCACGUGUUUAAUAACAUUAUCAAGAUUGGAACACGAUAUUACAUCCAGAAAUUAGGCAUUAGCCAGGGUUCGGUUGUGUCAACACUUCUUUGCAAUUUUUACUAUGCUGAGAUGGAAAAGGAGUUGUUUGAUCUUCAGGAUGGUGACCUCCUCAUUAGGAUUGUGGAUGACUACAUGUUUGUAUCCCCAUCGUGUGAAAGAGCAAAUGGCUUUCUGGAUCUGAUGCUUAAAGGCAAUGCAGCUUUUAACUGUUUCACCAAUGAAGAGAAAGUUCUAACUAAUUUCACAGCGAACAACCACCAUUCGAUCUGCGUUCUGGAAGAUGUAUGGUUUCCAUGGUGUGGCCUCAUGUUCAAUGUUCACACGCUGGAAGUUUCUACAGACUGCUCCAGAUACUCGGGAACAAGAAUGACCGAUUCAAUGUCGUUUGACCUUACAAAACAACGAGGUCUUGCGGUGAAGCAGAAACUGACCUACUCUAUACGACAGAAGUGCCAUGCCAUAUUUGUUGAUAACGUUAUCAAUUCCGAGACUCAGGUGCAUUUGAACAUAUUUCACUUGAUGCUGCUUAUCAUGUACAAGUUCCACGCAUGCGCAAGAAAACUUGAAGCCAGUCAGCGUGCAGAUGAUAAUCCAAAAUUCUUUCUGGAUGUUUUCUUCGCCAUGAUAGAGAUAGUGCAUUCGACUAUUUGUGAUGUUCAGGCAAUCUCCAAAACCAAUAGAAAGGCGGUCUUCUCUGAUAUUUGUUGGCUGUGUUUCCGCGCAUAUCAAAUGACAUUCCAACAUAAGCAAUGCUUUCCACGCCUGAAGAAACUUGUUCGAUCUGAGAUGAUGCGAAUAAGAAAAUCCAUGCCAAAAGUUACUGUCAUCAAAUUACAGGAAACCAUUGAGUCUGAUUUGCCAGCAGUUUUCCACAAUGUGUUGGUGUAAUGUUUUGCCACAGUAUUCCACAAUAUUUGGUAUAUUUGUUUGCCACAGUAUUCCAAAAUGUUUGGGUAUAUUAGUUUGCUACAGUAUUCCACAAUAUGUUGGUGAACUGUUUUCCAGAAGUAUUCCAAGAUUGUAUAUAUAUAUAUAUAUAAUUAUACUGAGAUACCAUUUGUGAUGUUUAUGACUGAGAUGUACAAUGAA